CGCUAUUUUGGAUUAGUGAACAAUAAGAACAAUUUUACUUCACACAUAUAUCCAUACAUAUGUUUCCUUCCGAAAAAGAUUAUUUUGCUUUGAAGUUAAGAAAUUAAGAGAAGUAAAAAUGUUUCGCCAAUUUAUAGCGAUUGUUGUUCUUGCAUUAAUUUCAUAUACUAAUGGACAAUACACCUCACCAGGCCAAUGUAGUGACAGAACCAACUUAAGAGCGGUGCAAAAUUUCAGUUUGGAGCGGUAUGCAAAUAAUAAUGCGUCAUGGUACAUGGUACAAUCGAACAUCAACUCCGACUGCCAAAUCUUAAACUUUGCUCUAACGAGUAACGUUACUGUAGAUAUGGUUUACAUACAAAAAAAUUCAACCUCCGGUUUAUGGUUUAGCAGACGUGGUGUAAAAACAUGGGUACCAGGUAAUAAAAGAGAAGGCGUCCUGAGUCUGGUUUACCCUAAUGUUGCUGAUCCAUUCGUAUUUAAAAUACUUGGAAUUGAUUAUCUUAACUACAGCAUUGAUUACAGAUGCAUCAAUGUAGAUGGUUCAAACAAAAGGGAAUUUCUGUAUGUGAUGAGCCGGAGGAGCACCUCGUCACCAGCAUUAAAUGCUACAAUUCAACGAAUUGUUCGAGCUAAUGGCCUUGGUGAAAUACAACUGAUGCAUGUUGUCCAGGACCCAGUAUCCUGCUCAAGAUAAAUGAGUUUUUUUGAAUCAAAGUUACCAUUGCAAUUUGAAUUAUUAUGUAAUUUCUUAAUGGUUUUUAAAUACAUUACCAAUAAUGGCAUCCAAAA